AUGGACGACUCAUCACCCCAGCAGUCAUCCUCUCCCGAAACCUUAAAAUCUCCUGAACAACCACCUUCAGAGUCCAACUCUGUCCUUUACGGCUUCGCCGACAGCUUUCUCAUCGCAGUCCCCUUCCAAACCAUCGUCGCUGGGCUCACCCGGAAACAGUAUGUCUCCUUCCAUGAACUCCCCCUCUACGAUGGGUUGAACCAAGGAGAAGUUCCGAAGAAUCAGCGCCGAGAAUCUACCAAACUUCACGACAUUAUUCCGGUACUUCAUGAGAAGGUCCCCUGGGACGGCGAUGACGACGACUUCAGUCCAAGAGCCGUUCCUCGACCAACAAGCGUCGCAGAUGAACGCCCAAGCCGUCUGGUGCCGCGUAAGGGCGAUUAUACUCCAAACGGCAAAGUCCUGAUGCAGUAUCAAAGUCAACCAAGUCUAUUCUCCCCAAACACUUCAAACACUCCAAUUUGGCCAGUAUCGACGGCGUACGUGUCGCUCUAUACGGCGGACAAGUGCUACAUCGAGGGCCUCGCCAAGUGCUUGAAGAUGGAGAUGCUCGUGCUUGUGUGA